AAUACCAAAAAGGAACCCCAUCCCUCUCUAAACAAAACCAAAAAAAACAACAACAACAAAACUUCCAACAAACACCAAAACACCCUCAUCACCAAACACCAAAAAAUGUCUCAACAAAAGCAAGAAUGGCACAACUCAGGCUCCAGCUGCUGCAGCCCAAUCGGAACCUGCUGCAUGGCAUGGUUCUGCCCCUGCAUCCUGCACGGCAAAACGCGGCACCGCGUGCGCAACAACGGCGACAUGUCAUCAUACAGCUGCUGCAACAGCUCGUGCAUGGGGUUCUGCGGGCUGCUAGCAUGCGGCGUGGGGUUCAUCCUGCCGUGGAUCUCGCGCGCCGACAUGCGUGCGAAAUACGGGCUCGAGGGCAACGGGUGUAAAGACUGCUUGUGUGCGUGCUGCUGUGGGCCCUGCGAUAUGGUGCAGCAGUCUAAAGAGGCUGAGUUUAGGGAGGAUAAGGUUAGGCUUGUGCAGGGGCAGCCUGGGAAGAAUGGGGGGAUGUAUUAUGCGCCGCAGCAGUAGGGGAAGGGGGGAAGCUUUUGUUUUCUUUUUUUUUUUGUUUCUUUAUCGGGGUUUAUGUUUUGGGAUGGGGUGUACGGAUAUAUAUAUAUGUCCUUCUUUUUUGCUUUGUUAGGGCUUUGGGAUGCUUGGAAGGGCGGGGGGAUUUGGGUAUCAUCACAACGAAUAGACAGAUACCAUAUAUCGAAUCAUUUUCAUCUUCCUUUUUCUGUUUUUUUUUUUUUUUUUUUUUCCUUUCCUCGUUUCGUGUCGGUGUUUCUGGCUCUACCUUUCCCGCUUGUCUUGAAUAGCCAAAUUAACUCUCGCUACCUCAUCUCGAGCAAAGGGCCACAAC